GCUUUGCCUGACUGCUUCGUCGCAUACUGUGUAGGCAUCUACCUACUCAGUACUACUGUGGGUUCUGUUAUCUUGACCUCGGAAAACCUCCGUGUCGGCGCUGCCAUCGGGAACGGACUUCCGGGGCACACUCAGUGGGUGGGACAGCCAGCACCCAAGGUCCUCAUCUCGGAGCACCUCUUCGUACAGUUUUCGCUGGAAGACUGUCAGACCCCAUGCCCGCCCUUGAUCCACCAGGCGAGUGCGACCUCGCAGUGGAUUGCCUUCUGUGAGGAGGCAUAUUCCAGCCGGCAAGCGGCACCCUCACGAAUGUCUUGUUUGGCUGGCCCCGGAAGCCAACGGCCUGCGUCCUCGGCGGUCACCGUAGGCCACCGUUACCCCUCGUGCGAGACCCACUGCGGACUCUACACCGACCAGGCCGGCACGCGGGGGUUCGUCAGAAAUCAGGGCUCUUUUGUCGCUCACAAGAGGCUGGAAAUCGUGGUCAUGGGAAGAGAUUGA